GAACUUUGAUCAUAUUGCACAACACUCAUCAUAAAGCUUUUCAGUCAACACAACUAUGAAAAGUGUUGAUCUGCUGCCGACUCGGAGACAAAGAGACUGUUAAUCUGCUGUACAACAUCUUCCCACUCUUCACCUCAAAGAUGAUCCAGUUCAGACUGAUGACAAUGGCUGCACUACUCUGCUCUCUUCUCAGUGCCGAUGGAGGGAAAGUCCUUGUUUUCCCUGCGGAUGGAAGCCACUGGGUCAACAUGAAGGUCCUCAUCCAAGAGCUCCACUCCAGAGGUCACAACAUCACAGUGAUCAAACCCAAAACCAGUGGGUACAUCAAAGCAGAGUCCCAUCAGUACCAGUCAAUCACCCUCGAUGUUGUUCCUGGAUUUGAUGUGAACGAAAUGAAUAAUUUCGCAACAAAAAUGAUGCAGCUCCUACGUGAGUUCCACAUUUCAGGUUUAGCUUACAUCAAAGCUGGAGAUGAGUUUAUGAAGAUGGUAGAUAAUAUUCACAAAGCUGUGGUUGAUAAAAUGCAAAAGAUUUUUGAGGAUGCUAAACUGAUGCAGUUCUUCCAAGAGGCCGAAUAUGAUGUUCUUCUGACUGACCCUUGCUUCGGUGGAGGGGUUCUUCUGGCUCAUCGGUUGGGUCUGCCUCUGGUCUUCAAUGUACGAUGGACAAUCCUGGAAGAUGGACAUUACACAGUUGCCCCCUCACCUCUCUCAUAUGUUCCCAUAGUAGGCAGUGAACUGACUGAUAAGAUGAGUUUUUGGCAAAGGGUGAAAAAUGUUUUUUUCUCAUUAAUGGUACUUUAUAACCGCAAUAUGAUAAAAGAGCCUCACUACACACCAUUUGUCCACCGUCACUUUGGUCCUGAUGUCCACUAUGAUGAGCUCGUUCAGGCAGCAGAUAUUUGGCUGAUGAGAACUGACUUCACCUUUGAGUUCCCUCGUCCCACCAUGCCUAACGUUGUGUACAUGGGUGGGUUUCAGUGUAAACCGUCCAAAGUGCUUCCUCAAGAUCUGAAGGACUUUGUCCAGAGCUCUGCGGAGCACGGUGUCAUUAUUAUGAGUUUGGGGACCUUGGUGGGGAAUCUCCCUGAGGAUAUAGCAGAAGAUGUGGCUGCUGCUUUUGCACAGUUACCUCAGAAAGUCAUCUGGAGGCAUACUGGAAAGAGACCAUCCACCCUGGGAAACAACACCUUGCUGGUGGACUGGCUGCCGCAGAAUGACCUCUUAGGACACCCAAAGACAAGAUUGUUUGUGGCCCACGGAGGCACCAACGGACUUCAAGAGGCCAUCUACCAUGGAGUUCCCAUCGUCGGCCUUCCUCUGGUGUUUGAUCAGCGCGAUAACCUGUUCAGAAUGAGAGCUAAGGGCGUUGCCAGAGUGCUGGACAUCGGCACAUUGAACAAAGACAACUUCCUGGAGGUGUUGAAAGUGGUGCUUUACGAGCCGUCCUACAGGAAGAACAUUCAGGAGCUCUCCAGGCUGCACAGAGACCAGCCCAUGAAGCCUCUGGACCGAGCCAUGUUCUGGAUCGAGUUUGUCAUGAGACACAAGGGUGCUGCUCACUUAAAGACCAACUCCUACAAGAUGUCCUGGAUUCAGUACCACUGCAUAGAUGUAAUCACACUGUUGCUAGCGUCAGUCACGCUGAUGUCACUGAUUUGUAUUUUAACAGUGAAAUGUUUGUGGUGUAAAGUGUUUGGUGGGAAAAAAAACAACCCAAAAUAAUGUAGUAGAAAUAAUGUGUAACUUGGAUAACUGAGUUUUAAUGACAGCAGCAUAGAGUGUGAGCCUCUUAAGAGCCAAAAAAACGUGUCUUAGAUUGAAUCCAAUUUGUUCAUAGAUUUUUCUUUCUACAAUGAUUUUGAUAUUCAUGCUUUAUGAAUAAUCAAGAGCCACAGAACUGACUUUUUCUAUUCAGGAUACAGAGUUGAUACUAUUGACCAAACAAUAAUAUUGAGUGUUCAAAAUGACCAGGCUUUGAAGAAAAUGUGCCCUUUGUGUCCAUCUCAUGGCUGUAACAGGAACAACAAAAUGUCCAUGCUGUUCUGUAUGUAUCCUUCAGUGCUGACUGACUAAACAUGUUCAUCAAAUCUAAAGAACAACAAUUUUAGAGUCUCAUCACUACAGCUCUUUCUACACAAACCCUCAGUACUUCUUCUCUUAAUGAGUCUGUCUAUAACAGACUGCUACAAUGGUUAAUAACAGCUGGAAUGUUUUGUUUCUUUUUAAAUUUAUUUUACAAAAUGCAAACUGUAAUAUUAAAUUGUCCCUUGGAGCAUUUAGUAAUUCAGUCAGUUCAUAGUAGGGAAAAGUUUAUCCAUCUCUUGGUCUGAUUCACAUUUCUUAUUCUGAGAUCACACACAGCGAUGUACAGACCAGUGUGAGAAUUAACACGACUCCAUUAAAAUUAACAGGCUACACAACUAUUCUCUAAUAUGUCACACUUAAUUACCCACAUGUUUUGGCUUUUUUUCAUCAUGAGGUUGUUUCAGGCUUCUACAGUCAGUUAAUCUGUCAUAUGACUUUAUAAAAGGAAAUAUAAAUUAAAUAAGUUAGGACUGUCCAUAAAUGUUAAAGAGGAGACACAAAGAUUAUGAAACGUUGUGUUCUGAAAACUGAAGUUGAAACAAUUUCAGUGAGAGAUGUAAUGUUUUGAAAAAAGAAAUUGAAAUUUAAACUUUUCAUGGGUUAAAAUAAAAAAAAUAAUUUUAGAAAAAUAAAUUGUAUCAUUAUUUUGUAAGAUUUUAACUUUUAUGUACUGUAUGUAAAGAAACUGGUGAUUCAAUGCACAUCAUGACAAACAGCAUCCAUCAAAUGUACAUUUUAUUAAAGAGAGUUGAUUCAGAAAACAGUUUAAACACAA